CGGGUUUAACGCACGGGGGAAAAUGACAACAUUAAGAGCAUUUACGUGCGAUGAUCUUUUCAAAUUUAAUAAUAUUAAUCUGGAUCCACUGACAGAAACCUAUGGAAUCCCGUUUUACCUUCAGUAUCUUGCACACUGGCCGGAGUACUUCAUUGUGGCCGAGGCACCAGGAGGCGAAUUAAUGGGUUACAUCAUGGGAAAGGCGGAGGGCUCGGUCGCCCGGGAAGAAUGGCACGGUCAUGUGACCGCCCUCUCUGUGGCCCCAGAGUUCCGCCGUCUGGGGCUUGCGGGGAAGCUGAUGGAGCUGCUGGAGGAGAUAUCCGAAAGGAAAGGAGGCUUCUUUGUGGAUCUGUUUGUACGCGUUUCCAACCAGGUGGCAGUGAACAUGUAUAAGCAGCUGGGUUACAGCGUCUACAGGACGGUUAUAGAGUACUAUUCAGCGAGCAACGGCGAGCCUGAUGAGGACGCCUAUGAUAUGAGGAAGGCCUUGUCCCGUGACACAGAGAAGAAGUCCAUCAUUCCACUGCCACACCCCGUCAGACCGGAGGACAUAGAAUAACCACACGCUGUGACUCUCUUUCAGAGCCCUCUCCUGCCAGUGCUGUCCCAGUCUGCCCUUCCCUUCCUCUCUCUCGGCACUGCCCGUCUCUGCCAUUGCUUUUUCCUGUGUAGAUUCUCCUCAAAAAAUAAAACUGUACAGAAUAUACUUUUUUAAAAACAUAUACAGUAAAUAUCCAAUUGCAAAAGUGAAAGAGCUGCAACUUGUUUUUUAAAUUAUGUAUUUAUAUAGAUUUGAUAGAGACGCAUUUGAAGAUCAUUUGCAGUGUGACAUGCCACUUGCUCAAACGGAUGAAACGGGAAUACCCCCUUCUGUAGAUUGGGCUUUUUUUUUUCUUUAAUGGGGGCUGUAUCUGUAACAGAGAGUCACAGCAAAAAAAUAAAAAAAG